CAUAAACACAGGACUUGUGCGUACAAAUAUUUUAUUUUUUUAAUGCUUUAAUUUUUUUAUGUCUUCAUGGAGCUUUUUAGUUUAAAACGUAUUUGUCUAGACUCUGUUUCAAACCAUUUGUCCAUGUGGUGUGAAAGUGCCAAAACCGAAGAUUUUUUCAAGUAUAUGUAUGUUAUCGGUCCCUUUAAUGAUGUAGCUCCGGAUCUCACUCAACAAGUCAUUGAUUUAGCAUACAAAAAACAGUUGUUGAAGAUUUGCUAUUUUCCUUUGCUCAUUCACGAGAACUUCACAAAGCUGGAUAUCAGCAAAUGCCGUUCCAUAGUGACAGAUCAAGUCUUGAAGCUCAUUUCCUCGCGUUGUCAGAGACUGACAUCCUUAAAUCUUAACGGCUGCACACGCUUAUCAAGUUCAGUUCUUAACGAAACUUUACCAACGUUAGUGAAUUUGCAAAGCAUUCAACUGUCAAAGUGUCGAGGAGCAACGAACAAUCUGCUGUGUAAACUACGAGAAAAUUGCUUCAAAUUGGAGGAGUUGGUACUAGAUUUAUGUCCAAAGAUAACAAAUAUUGGAAUGGAAAAACUUUUGAUGGUGGCGAAAAAAAAUGUGUGUCUUAAUUUACUCCAUUUGAGCGUCUCUUCAACUUCAAUUACAACAAAAUCAUUGUCUAUUAUACUGUCAAAACUACCGAAACUUAGAAGGCUUGGUUUUUCCGAUAUAGCGAAGGAUGAAAGUUUGAUUUUUGACCACUUUCCUGAUUAUCCUAAUCUUGUUGAGCUGAACAUCUUUGCUACCUAUCUCGAAAAUUCUGAUCUUUCACUUAUGUUGGAUAGAUUGCCGAACCUCGUUAAGUUUAAGUCCAAUAUGACAGACAAUGUAGGUAGAAUUUUAAAAAAUUCAUUAAUCCAUUUAGGAAAUAUAAUUUCACUCGACCUCAGUGGGUCCACUCUUCGGUUUGACGAUUUUGUCGUCUUCCUUAAGAGAAGAGGUGGUCAGUUGAUGUAUUUGAACCUUUCAGAAAUACGGAGCGUCAGUUUAUUUUUAUUGUGCUUGUUCUGUCGUUCAUUAAAAGAACUUAUUCUUGAGCAUUGUGAAAAUGUUGAUCCAUCUUUGCCAUCGAAUGAUUCAUUAGCGUUGGAUUACAGAGAUAAUUUGACCAAAUCUGGUGGUGAUUAUUUGCUAAGUCAUUUCUGUCCUGAAUUAUCACAUAUCAAUUUCAAUUUUAUGACUAUCGACGAAAAUAUUGCAGUGGAGAUGCUAAAACAUAUUGCUUGUGCUAUUUUUUGCAAUCACUCCCAGCUCAUCACGCUGUCUUUGAAAAAAAUUCAACAUGAAUUAAUCGAUGACGAGGUUUUGGAGCAAAUCAGCGCAAGUUCUACAAAUGCAUGUUUGAGAACGUUAGACCUUAGCUGUUGUGAUGGCGUUUCUGCUGAUAUGUUGUGGAUGAUAGUAGAAAAUUAUCAUUUACUACGUUUUCUUGAUGUAAGUCAUUGUAAAUUAAUUGAUAUUGCUACUGUUUCACAACUAAGGAAGGAAUUGAAGAGGAGUAAUCGUCCACUUCAAGUUAUUUGGGCUUAAUUCCUAGAAAAGUUUAAUACAUGAUGGACGCAUAAUGAACACGUGAUGGACACAUAAUAGACACAUGGAUACAUGAUGGACACAUAAUGGAUACAUAAUGGACACAUAAUGGAUACAUGAUGGACACAUAAUGGUACAUGAUGUACACAUAAUGGAUACAUGAUAGACACGUAAUGAAUACAUGAUGGACACGUAAUAAGUACAUGAUGAACGCAUAAUGAAUACAUGAUGGACACAUGAUGAAUACAUGAUAGACACAUGGUGAGGCAAUAAUGGAUACGUGGUGGUGAACACAUAAGUACGUGAUGGACACAAGAUGGCCAAUGACAAUGACAGUUCUUUGACAAUAUGUGAUGAUUUCAACGAUAGUUUUUUAAAUACUUGCUUGCUUGAAAAGAUUUUAUUGCAUGAAAGAACGUCUAUUUGCACGUGAUUAUGCCACGAGCUAUUAUUUAAUAUCUCAUUAAUUGAGUUUCUAAUUCAAAUGUUUUCAACAUUGGUUAUGAAAUCGAAUCAGAAUAAUAACAUUGUUCAUCACAACAACAUUCUUGUAUUCUGCUGAGCAAAUAAUUAAGUUAUUAACAUUUUCAUUUCUUUAGAAAUCUAUUGUUAUGAUAUGUAGGGGAGCACAGAAAUACUUGCAUGUUAACUGCCGGCAAAUCAAGAUUUGCACGAAUUGUCACAUUUUUGAUUUGUUUGGUUAAAAACCUGGCUGUCACAAAAUGUUUCGAUGUUUAAUUAACAUUUAAAUAAACGAGUUCUACAGACAGCAAAUCGUGACAAAUGGUUUCUAUCUCAGUUCUGCUGUCACAGUGAUUAAUCUCACCAAGUGACAUCUCAAACUCCUGGGAAUAAAGCAACCACAAAGCACCGGGAGUAAGGCCUCUUAUUUUAACGAAAAAUGUUCCUCAUUUGAGUUAUGUGAAAAGUUAUAAUAAUAGUAGUUAAUCGUUUAGAUUGUUUCCAAAAUCCGAAUUACUUAAACAGAAUAACAAUUAUACUUAUAAAGUAUUCGUUUGGAAAGCGAUGCUGUUGAUCAAGAUACAUGAUCUAAGAGACUCUGUAGGCAACAUAUGGCAGACUUGAACUGAAGCAUAAAUCAGACUUGUUACCAACUGUCGUUGAUGAUGUAUACCUCAUAUUGUUUAACUGUAAUCUUUUAAGCUUUGCUUGUUGAAUCAAACGUCUAGUUCAUAAUGACAUUUAACGUACAUGCGACAAGACUAAAAUUUGUAAUCAAUUUGUGAGAACUCAACGUAUAACAAGUGAUGAAUCGUCAUGUAAAUUGUCUGUUGAGUAUAUAUAUGCAUGAUGAAUACCUUAUGUUACAAUCAUUAAUGAUAGAUUUGACCUUUAAAGUCACAUCUGAUCUUGCUGAGUAUAUUACAACAAUAUUGUGGAUAUUUUGGAGCCGUAAAAUUUACAUUAUUCGGUUUUAUGAAGCUUAUGCUAAUGUUGAUCCUCAUUAUAACUAAUAAAAAUUACCAUUCGACUAAUCAUUGAA